GCGCGCGCCCCUCAUCGCAAAGACCCCCGACUUGGGCGCGUGUUUUGAUCUCGGCUCCAAUUCUCCCCCAGUCACCCACCACUGAGGAGGAGGCGGUGCCUUUUUAAUAUAGUCCAGGACUGUCUGUCCUGACUGAUAGAAGCUCUCUAAGGUCGCCUUUUUGGGCAAAAACCCACAGAUCUUCAUGAAGUAAAGAAAGUGGAUAAAGAGAACGUCUGAUCUCAUAAUACCUGGGCUUGAGGUUGCCCAAAUUGGCAGUAGAUUCAGGACAGACGAAAAAAAGUCUUCUUCACACACAUAAUUCACCUAGGGCAGGGUUUUCCCCAACUGUUUAAAACACAUGUACCCCUUCAGUCACAAAUCUUUAGCUUAGGUACCCCAUAGAGAUUUUUUAAUGCACUGUAUACACACCGGUCACCAGACAUUUCAUCCAAAUUAAGUCAUGAGUACUCCUACUGAAACAAGCUUUUAAAACUUACUUGAAAUUUGCAUCCCUGGAAUUUUUUUAAAAACACCCUUUCAAACAGGCUGCUGUUUCCAGAUCCAACAUUUUCAUUGAAGAUGAUGAAAAUAUUAUUGUUAAGCAUUUUAAUUCUUGCUACUUUAUUGGGCUCUGAUGGCCAUAGUGGGACAGCCUAUUCACUUUCUGGAGAUGGAAGCAAUAAAUUUCCCUGGAAUAACAUCAGGCUUCCAAAGCACAUCGUUCCAAUUCAUUAUGAUCUUCUUAUCCAUCCAAAUCUCACCACUCUUACUUUUACUGGAUUGACGAAAAUAGAGAUUACAGUAACCGAACAAACCCAUUCAGUCAUCUUACACAGCAAAUACCUCCAUAUAAUCAAAGCUACUAUCCAAGGAGAAGUGGGAAGCAUUCAUACUGAAAAAGAAGUGACAGUUUUAGAAUACCCACCAUUUGAACAGAUUGCCCUGGUCAUUACUGAACCGCUGCAAAUUGGGCACAACUACAUUGUCAGCAUUGAAUAUGCUGCUAAUUUGUCAGAGAGUUUCCACGGCUUCUAUAAAAGCACAUAUAGAACUCCAGAAGGAGAAGUACGAGUGCUUGCAUCAACACAGUUUGAACCAACAGCUGCACGUAUGGCCUUCCCGUGCUUUGAUGAACCUGCAUUCAAAGCUAAAUUUUCUGUCAAAAUUAGAAGAGAACCAAAACAUCUUGCAUUGUCUAAUAUGCCUUUAGUGAAAUCGGUGAAUAUCGAGGAAUGGCUUAUUGAAGACCAAUUUGAGAUCAGUGUAAAGAUGAGCACUUAUUUAGUGGCCUUCAUUGUUUCAGAUUUCAAAUCAGUUACCAAUAUGACCUGUCGUGGAAUUAAGGUUUCAGUGUAUGCUGUCCCACACAAGAUCAACCAAGCAAAUUAUGCCUUGGAAGCAGCAGUAAAACUAUUAGAGUUUUAUGAAGAAUAUUUUAGCAUACCAUAUCCUUUGCCCAAACAAGACCUAGCAGCCAUUCCUGAUUUUCAGUCUGGUGCAAUGGAAAAUUGGGGAUUGACCACAUAUAGAGAAUCUGCUUUGUUAUAUGAUCCUGAAAAGUCAUCGGCAUCUAGUAGACUUGGGAUUACUAUGGUUAUAGCUCAUGAACUUGCUCAUCAGUGGUUUGGAAACCUGGUUACUAUGGAAUGGUGGAAUGAUCUUUGGUUGAAUGAAGGAUUUGCAAAAUUCAUGGAAUUUGUGUCAGUAAGCGUUACCUACCCAGAUCUGAAAGUUGAAGAUUAUUUUUUAGACAAGUAUUUUGAUGCCAUGGCGGUAGAUGCCUUAAAUUCUUCACAUCCUAUAUCUACCCCUGUUGAAGAUCCAGCUCAGAUUCUAGAAAUGUUUGAUGAUGUUUCCUAUGAUAAGGGAGCUUGUAUUCUAAAUAUGCUACAGAAUUAUCUCACCCCAGUAGUGUUUAAAGCUGGCCUUGUGAAAUAUUUGUUACGAUUCAGCUAUCAGAAUACACAAAACAAAGAUUUGUGGGCCAGUUUGUCAGAUGUUUGUCCUGCAAGUGGUGCUGAGGAAGGUCAAGCACAAAAUCAUGGGGUUUGUACCAGAAGCCAGGAGACAAUCUCAAGUUCUCACUGGACCAAGAGUGACAUCCAUGAUGUGAAGACAAUGAUGGACACUUGGACACUGCAUAAAGGAUUCCCACUAGUAACUGUGACAUUAGAUGGGAAGCGUGUCCAUCUACAGCAAGAACAGUAUAGGAAGGAGUCUCAGGUUUCUCCACAAACAGGGAACCUGUGGCACAUUCCGCUAACAUAUAUUACCAGUGAAUCUGAUAUUGUUCAAAGAUUUUUACUGAGAACCAAAACAGAUGAUUUAAUCCUCCCAAAAGAAGUGAAGUGGAUAAAAUUUAACGUGGGAAUGAAUGGUUAUUAUAUUGUGCACUAUGGAGAGGAUAACUGGGAAGCUCUAAUUCACCUUUUAAAAGAAAAUCAUACAGCAAUUAGCAGCAAUGAUAGAGCAAGCCUCAUCAACGGUGUAUUCCAGCUGGUGAGUGCUGGAAAGCUGUCAAUUACCAAAGCUCUUGAUUUAACUUUAUACCUAAACCAUGAAUCUGAAAUUGCUCCCGUGUUUCAAGGAUUGAAUGAACUAAUCCCUUUGUACAAACUGUUGGAGAAGAGGGACAUGAAUGACACAGCAAAUGAGUUAAAGGAAUACAUCGUUAAUCUAUUUAAAAACGCAAUUGACAAACAGACUUGGGAUGAUAAAGGGACAGUAUCUGAGCGACUGCUUCGUAGCUCUCUUCUCACAUUUGCAUGUGUGCGCAAGUACCAACCAUGUGUGGACAAAGCAAAAGAAUAUUUUAUGAAAUGGAAAAACUCCAAUGGAACGCUACAUUUGCCCAAUGAUGUUAAACUUGCGGUAUAUGCUGUUGGAAUUCAAAGAGAUGAAGGCUGGGACUUCGUUUUCAGCAAAUACAAUUUACCUGAAUUCAGCACAGAAAAGGGUCAGAUUGAAUUAGUUCUCAGUCUGACCCCAAAUAAAAACAAACUGCAGUGGUUAAUGGAUCAAGGGUUGCAAGGUGACAUAAUAAAAACACAAAAUCUUCCAUAUAUUGUUACGAGUGUUGGAAGGAACCCUGAUGGUUAUCUGUUAGCUUGGAAUUUCUUGAAGAAGAACUGGCAGAAACUUGUACAAAAAUUUGAACUUGGUUCACAUUCCUUAGCGGUAAUGAUUACUGGACUGACAAAUAAAUAUUCUACAAAGGCACAACUUGCUGAGGUUAAAAACUACUUCAGCUCCCUAGGAAAAAAAAGUUCGGAGCUCCGUGCUGUCCAGCAAGCAAUAGAAACCAUUGAAGAAAAUAUCCAGUGGAUGGAUAAGAACCUUGAAAAAAUCCAGAACUGGUUACAGACCAACAGCAAAGUAGAAAACCUAGUUUCAAAACAGGGUUCAAACAAAGAACUUUAAGUUCUGAGAACUUAGGUAUGAACAAUGCUGCCUACACAGAAUCUGAGGUUCUUAGAGCAGUGUGAAUAAAAAGUUUUAAAAAAUAAAUCAUUUGAUUUUUCUAAACAAUUUUUCAGCCAUAAUAAGUUAUGACUGCUGUUACAAUGAAUUUGAACUUAUGAAAUGCUGCUUCCCUUUGAAAACAGAACUGUAGGGAAAUCAUUUUAUCUGGGUUAGUACUAUCUACACUGACUGGCAGUGGCUUUCCAAGGUGUCAGUUUUUGCUUAUCCUAUCUGGCAAUGCCAAAGACUGGACAUGAGGCCUUCUGUAUGCAAAGCAGUCACUCUACCACUAAGCUACGGCUCUUUGCCACAUUGGAUUCAACCCAAUAUGUUUUUAUGGCUACAGCAAUCGGUAUGCUUGAGAAGCUGGGUUAAAAAAAACAAAUUCAAAUCAGCCUUUGUGAUCUUUGCUAUUUGAAUCAAGAUUUAAAUUGCUGAGUCAAAUUGCCUUGAUUUAAAUAGUCUACCCUGUCUUAGAGCAAUAUUGCUCAUUAGUCCCAACAAUCAAAUGAUUUACCAUAUUCGAUGGACAUUAGUGACUCUGUGCAGUGGAUUACUAUGGUCCCUACUUUCAUAGAUGGGGAACUGAAACUAUGUGAUAAUGACUUACCCAAAGCUUUUAAAUGAGAACUUGCUAGAGCUAGGACUGCUCUGAAAAAAUUAAAUCUGAAUUUUUAUCUACAAACCUCACCUGGAAUGAAAAUGGUUCUCUCUUCCAUUACACAGGAAGACACAGUUUUAAGAGUCUGAGAUAAAGAUUUUAUCCCCACAGUAUUUUAGGUAAUUAGGUUUAGUACACAACUUUUUUCCAGGACAUACGGAAGUUUUGUGGGGAGGAUGUCAGUCAUUUUUCUUAUAGAGGGGAAGUACUAAUUGGGAUUCUAUUAUUAAACUGAUGUAAUCAAGGAUAAAAAUUAGUUGAAGAGAACUAAGCCUGGCUGCAUGCCAGAAAUUUGGGAUAUAGAAAAUCUUAAUGUUGGAAAAUUUCCCUUAUGCAGCAUCCUGAGCAAAGAUUCCAAGCCAUACUUCAGAACAAUAUUCAACAACAAUAAAUUCAAAGUAUUAGAAGUUACCAAGGAGUGACAAUUUUUGUUUCUAAACUGCAAACUGUUUAAAGCAUCUCUCUGGUAAUUUCUGGUUCAAAUAUUAAAUUUUUUUUAAAAAAAUUGUUUAAUAGUAUUAUAUUCUAAAUAUUUUGUAAACCACCUUGAGAUUGUUUUGAAGCAACAUCAUAUAAAAAUCUAAUAAAUAAAUUUUAGAGGUUUAAAACUCCA